GGUAACCAUCUCCACAGGUGAAUCAUUAAUGCACAGAGAAGUACACUCCUUUUAAUGAUUGUGCUCGUCUGUGAUGCCAAAUAGUGGAAUUUGAAUAAUUUUACACACUUUUUCAAGGGCUAUGUAAUUUUACUCAUUAGCUGGGAGACUUUUCUGAAGAAGUACCAGGCUGGUUAGCACAUUUUAUAGAAAUGCUGAAUAAGAAAAAGUGACCUCCCUUUCUACUGUGUUCUCCUAAAAGGCCCAGUUUGUCUAUCAGAUUCUGGGAAAUGAUUGUGUUACAUGCUGAACUGAAGUUGUGUGGUUGAAAUUGUACCUUUUUGUAACAGACUCAUUUGACUCAUAUAUACUGUAUUCUCCACGUUUAAAUGGAAUCAAAUGUAGACUUAAAAUCUACAAAGGCUACAAGCAGUGAUUUUGUCCAUACCGUUUUGUUCGAUUUAGAAGAACGUUUGUCAUAAAUCAAAAUUUACACCCAAUACAUUAUGCAAAAAUAAACUAUCCAUGCCGUUUAAUUGCAUCAAUUUCCACUGAUUUCACAGUAAAUUGAAAUUAUUUGGUUAAAAAAGGUACCCUUAAAUACUUUUUGCUGCAAGGGGAGGAUUCGAUCAUUCACCUUGUCUUUCUCUGCCUCUCCUGCACAGAAUUUGAGGGGCCCAAACCGGGCACAGUAUUUACGAUGCAGGAUGAGCAAAGCAGAACCGUCCAGAACAAUUCUCAGUCUGUAUUUCAUAGGCCUGAUCUGCAUUCUUAGGAGAGGACAGGUUCUGCCUCCUCCUUCUCCUUCAGGAUGGGUUUCAGCUGCAGCCAGGAUUGCCCAGAAAAGGGGCAGCCGAGAGGCCAGAUGGAACUCAUGCAGGAAGUAAGGAAGGCUGGACAUGGAAAACAGCCAAAGCCCUGGAAAUCUGGCCCUUCUUAUCGCUGCCACACUUAGCACGUGUGAAUGUGGGUGUCAGAUCCCAUGGAGGGAGUUGUGUUGUGUGAAUGGAAACAUUCACUUGCCCCCCGCCCUUCUUCUCGCCUGCUCCGACCCCCCGCCCGGGAGAGGAGCCGUCUGAGGGCCGCGGGGGGAGCCCGGCUGAAGCCCCCCAGGGGGAAGAAGGCAGGAAGCGCCCCCACCCCUUCCCUACGGAGAGACCCCCAGUUUGGGGAGGGGCAGAGACGCAGCCCCGGGAGGCCGCUCAGCUCCACUUCCUCAAUGCGGAGGGGGGGGGAGAAGCCUUCAAGGGGAGCCCCUCGCCCCACCCCCUUGCCGAAGAGAAGCUUCGCUACUGCGCAUGCGCCAUCUGGCUGACGGAAGGACGGAAGGAAGCAGGACGCCGAUGGGCCGCUCUGCGGAGCGCAGCGAUUGGCAGGAGGACUCCUCGGGGCGGUCCAUUCAAAGGAAAGAGGAAGAGCAACCAGGAACAGACCUCGCAGCGAAGUCCCGCCUCCACUUCCGGGAACGAAUAGAACCGAGGCGUCUAAUUGAUUCGGCCGGUGGCCGGCUCGGACCCAGGAGGACGGGCCAGCCCGGCGGAGGACGGAAGGAAGGAAGGAAGGAGGCGCCGCCCGGGAGGAGAGGAGGCCCCGCGGAGCAGCCCCGGGAGGAGACGGCGGGGAAGGCCCGGCAGGGAUGAGCCGAAGGGGACUCCGGGAAAGGAGGCCGCCCGGAGGGAGAAGCGGGGAGCAGGAAACGGGCGGAGACCCCGAGACGGGCCUGGAGGGCGAAAGAUUCAGAAAACGCUACAGAAUCCAGGAAGGAGGAGAGAAAUAUGAAUGUCCAGAAUGUGGAAAAUCCUCCAUAUCAAAUGCAGAUCUUAAAAAGCAUCUAAGAAUCCACACUGGAGAGAAACCAUUUAAAUGUCUGGAGUGUGGAAACAGCUUCAGUCAGACGGGACACCUUUAUGCGCAUCAAAGGAUCCACACAGGAGAAAAACCACAUAAAUGCCUGGAAUGUGGAAAGUGCUUCAGUCAGGCGGGACACCUUGAUAGACAUCAAAGAAUCCACUCGGGAGACAAACCGCAUAAAUGCCUAGAAUGUGAAAAAUCUUUCAAAACAAAUGACUAUCUUCAAAGGCAUGUAAGAAUCCACUCAGGAGAAAAGAAAUAUCAGUGCCAGGAAUGUGAAGAAUCCUUUAAAAGAAAUGGAGAUCUUAAGAAGCAUCUAAGAAUCCACACUGCAGAGAAACCUUAUGGAUGCCUGGAGUGUGGAAAGAGCUUCAGUCUGAGGGGAAACCUUUAUAAACAUCAAAGGAUCCACAUUGGAGAGAAACCAUUUACAUGCCUGGAAUGUGGAAAGAGCUUUUAUAGUAAAGGCUCUUUAGAUAGACAUAAAAAGAAUCACACUGGAGAAAAAACAUAUGAAUGCUUGGAAUGUGGAAGGAGCUUCAACAGGGCGGGAACUCUGUAUAGACAUCAAAGCAUUCACACAGGAGAAAAACCAUAUAAAUGUCUGGAGUGUGGAAAGAGUUUUAACCAGAGAGGAAACCUUUAUAAACAUCAAAGGCUCCAUUUAGGAGAGAAACCAUAUAAAUAUCUGGAGCGUUAAAGGGGCUUUAGUGGACAAGCUUUUAUACAUAUCAAAGACUCAGUUCAGGAGAGAAAUCAUAUCAAUGUCUAUGUGUAGAAAGAGAUUCUGUGAGAAGGGAUUAUAAGCAUCAAUCCACUCGGGAGAGAAAACAUACAAAUGCUUUGACUGUGGAAAGAGCUUUAUUGUUGACGGACAUCUCCGUGGACAUUAAUGGAUUCACAUGGAGAAAAAAAGCUAAAUAUCUCUGCGUGUGGAAAGACCUUCAGUCACAAAGGUGCCAGUAAAAUAACAAUAGCAUUUAGAUA